ACAAUCGCCUUAAACCGGAAGUGCUUGUUUCUGAAACUUUCCAAAAAAUAUUUAUCUAAUCGUCCAAAAAUGUAAAUACAGGAAGGGAAAUCCACCUUUUAAAUGAACUUUUCAAUUAAGAAGUAAAUAAUGGAAGUCCAGAAUAUGGCUAAGGCUGAUUACAAUAUUGAAAGAGACGAAGUCACAAUUCUGAGUAAACAUAGCUUCUGUGGUACAGGAAAGAGGAUUGUUGGUGCUAUUUCAGUAUUGUUUAUACAGUCAGACAACAACUAUUCUGCUGUUGAAACCUAUAACAGUGAUGAAGCACCAGAAAACAAAUUUCAACUUGAGAUUCCUGCCUCCUUAUCCAUAAUCAACCUACCUCAUUUUAAUGACUCUGUUUUACAUAGAUCUCACCUAACAGAUAAAUCCAUCGGAAAUAUUGUCACAAAGAAGUUUAUAAGCAAUUUAAAUUCUUCAGCUGAAGAAAAAGCUGAGGAAGAAAAACAUAGUGACACUGAAUCUGCAUCAGACAAAAAUUUAACAGAUAAACAAUGUGAAGAUGUGUCUAGUGUUUCUGUGCUGUUACAGUCACAAAAUCUAGAUGAAAAAGAAAAUGAAAAGACUAAUAGGCAUUUGGAGGAAAAAACAAACAGUCCUAAAACAGAAUGUACAAAAGUUUUAAUUGAUGCAUCAACAAACACUGAUAUACCAAUUGAAAAUGGUUUACCCCAAGAAGAUAAAGAUUUAAAGAUGUCUGUUGAUACAUCAACAAAUGAAUCAAUUGACGCAUCAACAAACACUGAUUUACCAGUUGAAAGUGCUUUACACCAGGAGGAUAAAGAAUUGAAAACAUUUGUGGAUGCAGCUACAAAUGUAUCACUUGAUGUAGAAAUGGACAGUGGUAUACAAAUGGAAAGUGCUUUACACCAGGAGGCUAAAGAAUUAAAGACAUUUGUGGAUGCAGCUACAAAUGUAUCACUUGAUGUAGAAAUGGACAGUGGUAUACCAUUGAAACGGAAGAGGACAGCAAGCAGUGAAUCAAAAGAAACCAUUGAUCUUAGUGAACCUGAAAGUGCCAGUAUGUUUAUUAUAACUGAAAAUAAAUCUUCUAGUGAGGAAGAUUCUGAGUCGCAGGAUUCAGUUGAACUUGAAAAAACUAAUUCUGAUACCUUAAAAGAUAAAUCAAAUACAGAAUUAUCUGAACAAAGAGAAACGGAAGUAACUCAAGUCUCCCCAAUAAGUGAAGAUGUAAUUGCUGUUCACGAGACCAGCAGCAUGGAUACCAAUUGUACAAGCAAAGAUAUUGACUUAGAUAAUGAAGAAUUUAAGAACUCUACAAAUGUGAGUGUUGUUGAUUUAUCCAAUAUUCCUGUGUCUUACGCUAACUUACCAUCAGAGCAAGUGAUUGGUAGUAAUAAUAUUCCUGUGUCUUACGCUAACUUACCAUCAGAACAAGUGAUUGGUAGUAAUAACGAACAUGGGGAAUCAGUUCAUAGAGCUAGUGCUAAUACUUUCAGCCCUGAAAAUUUCACUGGAAAAACCAAUGAAGUGCAAAGAUUGCCUCAGUCAUCAAUUUUAGGAAACCAACGUCCCAAAUUUAUGAGAUCGUCAUCACUGUCAAAGGGAUCAAACAGAGCUACGAUUGAAAAAUGUAAAAUAUGUAAGAGAUCGGUUUCAUCAUUAGCUGACAUGUUUCAUCAUAGUAAGAUACACAAUAUUGGUAUAAAAUGUUGUGUAUGUGGAAUGAAGGCUUUCGACUGGGGUGUGAUGAAACACCACUAUACUUGGCAUCUUCAGAGGAACGCGUUUAGAUGUCCUCAGUGUCCAACUACAUUUGGUAAUAGAGAAUUGCUUGCCGCACACAUCAAAACACAUAGUACAGCAAAAAGUUUGGUACAUAUGAAAAAACCCAAACUUCACCCUCCAGCUUCAAAAUUUGUUCUUCCUAAGUCUGAACAUAGCAAUUUACCAAACCUAAGUGCAAUAAAUAGACAAGAUUCAAAGCCAAACAUCUCACCGUUCAGUAACAAUAAAGGUGGAAGUUCUCAUGGAAGACGGAAAUUUACUCCUUUUAGACAGCAAACUCCAGAACAUAUCUUUCAGACUGAUCAGAAUCAAAGAUGUUCACCAAGUAAUCAGCUUGCUGGGUCACAAAGUGGUACAAACAUGAUAAAUGUAAAUCAUAUAUUGAAUUAUUCUUGUGGUUGUUGUGAAGAGAAGUUUGUCAAUGUUGAGAAAUUAAAAAGACAUGUGCUAAUGUAUCACUCUGAACAAACCAUGUCUGAUUCAAGUUAUACACAAGACUCACAAUCAAGUAGCUCUUUUAAUAUCAGCAGAGCAUCUACCUCAAAUAUAAACUUUGCUAAUAAUGAAAAUUCUUCAUCGGCCAUACCAUAUCCACCGGAAAAUUCUGGAAUGCUGCAAAUUAAAGUAGAAGAGCCUGAAAUAAUUGACAUAGAGCAACUAGGCAAGUUCACAGAAAACUUGGAAAAUUCUAGAUCUAAUACAGGCUCGGAUCACUUUACUCAAUUCGAUAAUCAAACAGCAGAACAACUGCAACAAGAGGUAAUGCAGUCCUUUAUAGAGAUAUCUAACCUGGAUCAGUCUCAAACACCGGGACGUCAAAGAAAAUCUGCAUGUCGUCUUGCAAAUGUUGUACCAGUUUGCCGUAUUUGUGGCAUUUAUUUGAAUUCUUGGAAUGAAAUUUUGGAACAUAGAUUUGCUCACCCAGAUGAAGUAGGUCAGCAGCUGGCAUGUACAGUAUGCUCAUCUGUGCUAAGUACUCGAGACAGUCUUAAACGUCAUGCUAUAAACCAUAUGGGUAUCCGACAUCAAUGCCAAUUUUGUAAUAAUGAAUAUAGCAGAAAAGACAGUCUAUUAAACCACAUGAGAAGUGCUCAUGGUUAUUCUAAUAAUUGAAAAUGAAUGCUUUUACAAAAUUUCAAAUCAUGUUUUAUGCAUGUACUUUAUGUACUGGUCAUUUAUUUUUCAUUUUUUAAGCAGAACCAAAAAAUAGAAGAGGCCACUGCCCUUUAUUCUCAUUGCAAUGUAAUUUAUUGUUAAAUGUCAAGUUUGUGUGAUAUGUAAUAUCUUAUUUAGCAUGUUUAGUUGAUUUAAGAGUGUACUAAAAAAUAGAGAUCCUUUUUCAUCAUGUUCAUCAUUAUAUUUUGUGUUGUCACAUUUUUAUCUAUCCUAAUUUUUUCUAGGUAACGGGUAGUAGGAGGGUAUGUCAUCCCAAAUUCAUGAAAAGAAACUCUGAAUUCCAAAAUUUGAGAAAAAAAGACCUUCUUUACUGUGUCUUGAAAUAAGUAAUUAAUUCUACAGUCCCAAUUCCUGUAAAUCCUGAUUCCCACACGAAUGAAGGCCUAAUCCUGACAUUCUGGACCUCUUUUUCAUGGUUUAUUAUGGUUAAGCACUUUGAUCUUGAUCAAACAUUUUUUUUUAAAUUUGAUCCACCUUUGAAAUUUCAAACUCCUACACCAAUUAACAGAUCUAAUCUAACUUUCAAAUGCAUAUGGCUGUUCGUUCACAGAAAAUUAUAUUAUAUAUAAACCCUUGGAGAACCUCCUCUUUUAAUGGAAUUUACUCUCAUUUUUAGUGUUUCCCUGAUUUAAUGGCAUCAUGUCUUUCAUUCAUAAUCUAUUUGUUAACACUGGAUAGAAUAUUGGAAUUCCCAUUAAAAAAAAAGGAAUUUAAUAACUCCAAAAAUGAUAGAAUGACAGGCAAUAUAUAUAUAUUCAAUAAAAGAGUCUUUAAAUAUUUAUAUUUCCAUUGUUUUACACAUAAACAUGAUAAAAGCUUGUCAGACAGUGUUUUUAGAUUUUGUACUGUUAUGUCACAAUUACAUUUAUAAUCAGUUGCAUCCAAGUUUUUUUUGGACUUUUUUAACCUUGUAACAUGAAAAUGACAUGUAUAUCUAAAUUAAAAGGGUGCAUAUAUGCAUCUUGUAUUUAGAGUUCAAAAGUAUGCACUUACAUCUUACAGUAACUUACAAAGUAAUGAAAAUCAAAAGAUCUAGACUUUACUUAAUUCAUGAGUUUUAAUAUUUUAUUAGCAGUUGACAUAUAUGUACAUUUUACUUUGAACAUGUUGAACAGGCAUGUUGCUUUUUUUAUUUUUGAUAUUAUUUUGAAGCUUUGAUCUAAACUCAACUGCUCAUAUUUUGUAUUUAAACAGCACUGUUAGCUUUAUUUGUUUGUUUAUUACAUGUAACAGUCUGCGUAUUUGAGUUUUAAAAUGAACAAAAUCAUUAAAACAGGUUUGAAUAUUUAACAGGCUUUUAAAACUGUUACUAAAAAAUAAAAUAAAUGAUCAGAUAAUACCAAAAUAAAAUGUAUGAUCUAAUUUGUAUAAAUACCAAACAUGAAAAUUAGUUUUAGAAAUGAUACAUUGGUUAAAGUGUGUAGCCUCUGAUUUUAUGCGAGUGUUGUACAAUUGAAAGGUUUAGCUAGCUACAAAACCAAGUUUCAAUAAUCCACCAUUUUCUACAUAAGGAAAAAUGUAUGUGUUUGAGCGUUUGCUUUUGCUACUUGAUGAGCGACUUUUCCUUGCAACUCUGAUCCAUCUAAAUGUUUUGGUAAAAAUCAGCACAAAUUCCACAGACUUUUUGGCAAGUUAAGUUUUUCAAAACCUUUUAUUUGAUAUACAAGUAUAGACUUUUGUGAUUCCUCACAGUCAAGUUGUAAUUUAUUUAGUAGUUUAAUUUUUGUAAAGCCUUAGCUUCUCUUUAACCAUACAGAAUUAAACGCUUUCACAAACCAUUGUCAGAUUCUAUGGUGGAAGCUAGGUUAAGAUUUUGUUGGUUAUAACACCCUCUCCUUUAUCUUUGGGAUUUGUAUUUUAAAAAAAAAAAAAUUUAAUAAAAAGCUCAAAUUAGGCUGUAACCUUCCUUUUGUCCUUUUGUUUCAAGUGGAAUCCCUUAAUUAGUAACCCCCCCCCCCCCCCCCCAAAUAAAAAAAGUUUGUACCCACAUAUUUUUGUAUAUCAAGAUAGCUUCUUAUUUCAAGGGUAGUUUAUAUAAGAAAAUUCAUAUUUUGAUCAGAUGGACAGCAAAAUUUUCUCAUGUCGAAUGAUAAUUGUGAUUUUGUUUUUGCUGAACUAUAUUAAUUAGGAAGAUUUCAAGUUGUUUUAUUAAAAUGAAGUGCUGGCAUUGCAUUAAAUGUUAUAAUCUGAAUACAAACUUUUUUGUGUAUCAAUUCUAUUCAUAUAUUAUUUAUAUAUAUGAGGUUGUUCUCUUAUUUAAAAUCUAUUUAUAAUAUAAAAGUUGUAUAUUUAGAAUUAAGCAUGUAUUUAUAGUGUGUGCAAGUUAGUUAUUUAUCUUCAGAUGCAAUGUAAACUUAUGUUUAGAGUUGUGAACCCUAUUCAAUAUUUCUAAGUUUUUGAAGAUAUUUUUUUGUAUGGUUGUGUUUGCAUCCUGUAUAACAUGUGUUUUUCCUUCCAGUCCAUCAAAGGUAAAAAUGGUAUUAAUUUCAUAUCUCAAAAACAAAACCCAUAGGUCAUUGUCCAGAUUUCCAACUAAAAUCACUGUCUUAAUAAGAGUAUUUGCAAAAUGAUGUUUUACAUUUUGGUAUUAAGCUCACUAUUAUGGUAUAUAUUUUGCUCAGUUCAAGGUCGUAUAAUUAGUUUUUAUGUCUUUUUACUUUGGCCUUUGGUGAAUAGUUGUCUUAUUAGCAACCAUAUCAAUUUUUUUUAUGCAAUUUUUUGGACCCAAGUGAAGCUAAAGUUUUGUGAAUAAGUCUUAAAUUGACCUCCUUUUAAAAAUGUACAGAGGCGGAUUUAGGGGGGGGGGGCAGGGGGCCCGGCCCCCCCUUUUUUGGAAAAAAUUUGGUUGCUUAUAUAGGGAAUCACUGAAGUGUUACUGGAGCAGGCCCCCUCUUAGGUUAGUCACUAAUCCCCCACUAAUGAAAAUUUCUGGAUCCGCCACGUAUGUAAGACUUGCUCUCUUGACUCUUCUAGAUAAUAGAUAUCUUCAAGGAAAGAAAGGUGUUUUAUAUUUUUAUAGUCUUGUUUAAUAUGGUGUGGAUAAUUGCAGUAAAAUGUAGAUUCUGUACUUUUGCAACUUACUUGGAUGGUUUUAUCAUUUUAUAUGAUAUCAAUUUGUCAAACUGAAUGAAAAUUAUUAGGAUUCACAUCUUUUCAGAUUUGUAAAACAAUUAAAAUGCCCUAUUAAGCUGGUGGAAUUGUUGAGUUUAACAUUAUUAAAAAAUAAGCUGAAAGGACUUUGGGAGCUACGAUUUGUUUUUAAGGGGGGUCCUGGGACUAGGAUGAAAUUUGAAAAAAAAAUGGCAUGACAGGAGCUUUGAGUGUAAAAAAGGCAGGAUGAGACACUUUGCCCCCCCCCCCCCCCAAAAAAAAGAAAGGCAGAAUGACAAUUUAUGUAAAAAAUAAAAUUAAUAAAAAAAAGACAGGAAUGCAUAGAGUGAAAAAUUUAAAGGCAGGACAGCAGAGUAAACAGCUAAAAAAAAAAGGCAGAACAAAAUUUUUCAUCCUAGAACCCCCCCCCCCCCCCCCCC